AUGGUAAAACCUAUACCAAGAAUUGGUUCACGUAAGAAUGGACGUAUUGGUUCACGUAAGAAUGGACGUAGAAUACCAAAGGGAGUUAUUCAUGUUCAAGCAAGUUUCAACAAUACCAUUGUGACUGUUACAGAUGUAGGAGGUCGAGUGGUUUCUUGGUCCUCCGCCGGUGCUUGUGGAUUUAAGGGCACAAGAAGAGGAACACCUUUUGCUGCUCAAACCGCAGCAGGAAAAGCUAUUCGUACAGUAGUGGAUCAGGGUAUGCAACGAGCAGAAGUCAUGAUAAAGGGUCCAGGUCUCGGAAGAGAUGCAGCAUUACGAGCCAUUCGUAGAAGUGGUAUACUAUUAAGUUUCGUACGGGACGUAACCCCUAUGCCACAUAAUGGGUGUAGACCUCCUAAAAAAAAGACGUGUGUAAAAAUAGGAACUGAAGAUAUUUCAAGAGAAAGAAACGAUUCAAUGAUUUGA